GUGACAGACGUGGUGACUAUGGCCCUCCUCCUCCUCACCGCCGCCGUGCCUCCUGCUAUCCCUGCUGCCUUGACAACAGGCACUGUGUAUGCCCAAAGGAGGCUGAAGAAAAAGAAGAUUUUCUGCAUCAGCCCACAGAGGAUUAAUAUCUGCGGGCAGAUCAACCUUGUUUGCUUUGACAAAACAGGCACGCUGACAGAAGAUGGACUGGACCUGUGGGGUGUCAUCCCUUCCGAGGGAAGCCGGUUUCAGAAAAUCCAUAAGUUCCCAUCCAGCACUCCUCUGCCCUGGGGACCUGUGUGUGGAGCCAUGGCAAGCUGUCAUUCACUGGUUGUUUUGGAUAAGAAGAUUCAGGGAGAUCCACUGGACCUGAAAAUGUUUGAGGGCACACACUGGGAGAUAGAUGACUCCAGCACAGCUCAGGAUGGGGCUGGUGCUCUUGACACCUGCAUCGUCAGACCGGGGCCAAAGGCCAGCAGUGCUCCUGUGGAAGGAAUAGCAAUCCUACAUCAAUUCCCAUUUUCUCCUGGGCUGCAGAGGAUGUCUGUUAUUUCACAGAAGAUUGGAGAGGAACAGUAUGAUCUGUACAUGAAAGGAGCACCAGAAAUAGUGUCCGUCUUUUGUAGACAAGAAACUGUCCCAGCUAAUUUCUUAAAGGAGCUUAAAACGUACACAAACCAAGGCUUCAGAGUCAUUGCCCUGGCCCAUAAAGUGCUAAACCUAGGAAAGGAUGUUGACCUGAGCAACCUAGAGAGAGAGGAGGCAGAGUCUGGGCUGGCGUUCCUGGGCCUCCUGGUGAUGGAGAACCACCUGAAGCAGGAGACGAAGCCUGUGCUACAAGAGCUGGCUGCUGCACGUAUCAGGAGCGUCAUGGUCACAGGGGACAACCUGCAGACAGCUGUCACAGUGGCCAGGAACGCGGGUAUGAUUCACAUGGGCAGCAAAGUCAUCCUUGUUGAAGCAAACGAACCGGAGGGCUCCGCUCCAGCUUCCAUUGCCUGGCGACUGGCAGAAGACAGCAAAGCAAACACAGCUGCUCCCAGUGAGGCCUGUGCUAAUACUGAGGAAACUAUCACCUUGGAAGGAGAAACGUGCAACUACCAUUUUGCAAUGAAUGGAAAGUCCUACCAGGUUAUUAUAAAGCACUUCUACAGCUUGCUGCCAAAAAUACUGAUGAAUGCGACUGUCUUUGCUAGGAUGUCUCCUGGCCAGAAGUCCAGCCUCAUUGAAGAGUUUCAGAAACUCAAUUACUGCGUGGGUAUGUGUGGUGAUGGCGCCAACGACUGCGGGGCUUUGAAGACGGCCCAUGCAGGGAUAUCACUCUCAGAGCAGGAGGCAUCCGUGGCCUCGCCUUUUACCUCCCAAAUCCCCAACAUCCAGUGUGUGCUGGAGCUGAUCAGGGAAGGUCGAGCUGCUUUGGUUGCUUCAUUUGGUGUGGUUAAAUACCUGACCCUGUAUGGCAUGAUUCAGCUUGUUGGUACCUCUCUGAUGCUUUGGCAACUGCAACUCUUUGGAAAUUACCAGUAUAUGGUACAAGACAUCAUGAUUACCCUUCUGGUUUGCCUAACAAUGAGCUCGACUGAAGCCUAUCCAAAGCUGGCACCCUAUCGCCCUCCUGGCCAGCUUAUCUCUCCUCCGUUGCUGCUCUCUGUCAUCCUCAAUGUGUGCUUUACCAUAAUCAUGCAAACCUGUGGUUUCCUUCUGGUGAAGCAGCAGCCCUGGUAUGUAGCGCUGGCCAGCCAGAGACAUUGCUCUCCAGGGAACCAGACUCUGUCCCCCACCACUGUUGGGGACAAUGGUACCAGCAGCAGUGCUCAGAGCACUGUCCUCAGUUACGAAGGCACUACGCUGUGGCCACUGUCUUCUAUCAACUGCAUCAUUGUGGCCUUCGUCUUUUCCAAGGGAAAGCCCUUCCGGAAGCCCAUCUACACCAACUAUUUAUUUUCAGUCCUCCUGGCCCUCCAGCUUGCAGUCUGCCUCUUCUUCCUCUUUGCUGACAUCGAUGCUGUGUACAGGGACAUGCAGUUUCUUUGCACUCCUAUGAUCUGGAGAGUUUACAUCUUAGUGAUGCUCUUGGUCACCUUUUGCAUAUCUUUUUUUACUGAGGACGUUAUCUUGCAGAACAAGCGCCUCUGGCUGCUGCUUAAAGCCUGGUUUGGGUACGAGUCGAAGAGCCAGUACCGACAAUGGCAGAGGAUGCUGCAGAGGGAUCCCAGCUGGCCUCCUGUAAAUGCAAAAGGCUUUGCAGCAAAAAGCACAGAUGAGAUUUACAUUAACCCCACCUACGAACACCGCAAUGAGGACUAG